AUGGCUGUGGAACAGUUUGCCGCCGCACUAGAAGCUCUCCUCCAAGCGAUGGGGUUCUCCGGCCGCCGCCAACGUCAGCUACAGCGCAGGCGCCCGCAGCGGACCAGGAAGGGCCUCCAGUGCUACAAUUGCCAGCAACUGGGGCAUACCGCGAGGGAGUGCACGAAUGCCGUCGCGUGCUUGAAGUGCGCGGCGGCUCACGACACCCGCUGUUGUACGAAGCCUCGUGGAGUGGCCGGCAGAUGCGCGAACUGCGGCGGGUCCCACGCCGCCAAUUCGCGUAGCUGCGGCUACCUUCGAGCGUCACGCCGUCUGUCCGCCGCACCACGUCCUGCGGCGGCGUCCAGCGCCACGCCGGCCGCCCCGCCCUCCCGCUCCGGCGAGGGGUGCGAGCCGCGCCGUCUUGAAGCCGCCACCGACCACGCUCUGGCCGGCUUCCAAGCCGCCUUUGCGGCCGAACGGGCCGCGCUGAAGGCGGAACUCGCGGCCGUGCAUCGCCAGCUCCAGCGGCUGCGCGAUGAGCUGCGAGCCAUCAAGAAGACGUCGGCGGUUCCCGCCGCCGCCCCGCCCGUGCCACGGCCGGUUGGGGUCGAUGCGGCCACGCAGACAUCCGUCGCUCCGUCCCCUGUCGCGACGCAAGUGGUUGCGCCCAUGGACACCGACGAUGUGCCGCCACGGACGUCCCAGUCAAUUACGCCGUCUGCGAGCCACCGUGCUGUGGCCACGACCGACUCCUCCCCUGUGGAGCAGUCGCUCGUCACGAGGUUGCAGCACCCCACGCAGCCGUCGGCGGUUCCCGCCGCCGCCCCCCCCGUGAGUCGGCCGGUGGGGGUCGCUGCGGCCACGCAGGCAUCCGCCGCUUCAUCCCCUGCAGCAGCGCCGAUGGUGGCGCCUAUGGAUACCGACAACGUGCCGUCGCCGUCGUCCCGCUCAGUUCCGCCGUCUGCGAGCCAACGUUCUGCAACACCGACAGCCUCCUCCCGUGUAGAGCCAAUCGUCAGGGAGUUGCGGCCCCCGCAAUUCCCAGCUACAGCCAUGGACACCGCCGGUACGCCGCCGCAGUCGUCCCACUCCGUUCCGACGUCUGCAAGCCAACGUGCUGUGACACCGACCACCUCCUCCCGUGUGGAGCCGUCCAUCGUCGCGAGGUUGCGGCAACCAAAGUUCCCGGCUUCCCACGAGUUGCAGCCUUUCCUUAAGGGCCUUGCGGUGACGCUCCAGGACGGGUCCUACCCAUUCUUCGACCACCCGUACCCCUACUCCCUAUCCAGUGUUCGGCCUCCCCUCCCCCACCACCCUCAUCGCUUUAGCCCUCAUCAGCUCAGGUGGCUCAAUUUCUUGACCAAGAAGGAACUCACCCUCCUUAACAAACAUCCCAUCUUCUCGCCGAGCGAAUGGCAACUCUUGGCCGACCUUACCGAAACCCACGUGACGGGCCUUCUCCCCUCCCAUGUCCUUCAGUCCCUUCAGUAG